CCAGCAAGUGCAGAACAAGGAACAGGCUCAGAUUCAUUCAAGAAGGCGGAGGGUAACGCGCACCAGUUCCCUGCAGAGGUCUUGGUCAUCCGCCGGCGAAAAACAAAUCUGUUGUGUACAAGAAGAGACUUCAGCGAGGGAGGAGAACCAAACACAGGAUCUCUCCCAGUCAGAGGUGUUGUGUGUCACCUUGCAGUGGUCAGUGGUCCUCUCCCAGUGCUGAAAAAUGAGUCUGAGCACCAGUGAGCUGGAGGACCUGUUUGAGUGGUUUGGGGACCCCAAUGUCUCUGAAACCUUCAGCAACAUAUCGAGUGUGGAUGCGAUGGUGUGUGCCACUGCCUUCAACCGCAGCGCUCUGCUGUACUCCAUGUGCGUCCUCUACACUUUUAUCUUCAUCAUCGGUCUGGCUGCUAACGCUCUGGUCCUCUGGGUAAACAUCCGUGCCCAAAGAGACUCCACCCCUCGCCAUGAGAUGCACACGUACAUCACCCACCUGGCAGUCGCGGACCUAUGUGUGUGCGCCACCCUGCCUGUGUGGGUGAGCUCCCUCGCCCAGCAUGGCCACUGGCCCUUCGGUGAGGUGGCGUGUAAACUCACACACCUGCUGUUCUCCGUCAACCUCUUCAGCAGCAUCUUCUUCCUGGCCUGCAUGAGCGUGGACCGCUACCUCAGCGUGACAAAACACAGAGACAACGAGGGAGGCGUGCGCAGGAAGCUAAUCCGCCGCGGAGCGUGUGUCGGGGUGUGGCUCCUGGCUCUGGUCGCCUCCCUACCAGACACCUACUUCCUGCGAACCGUGAAGUCAACACACGGGGACACAAUGCUGUGCAGGCCCGUGUACCCGGAGGAAAACCCCAGGGAUUGGAUGGUGGGCGUGCAGCUGAGCUUCAUCCUGUUGGGUUUUGUUCUGCCCUUCCCUGUCAUCGCAGUGUUUUACGCUCUGCUAGCCAAAGCUUUCAACCGCUCCUCUUCUUCCUGUUCUUCUUCCUCAUCAUCGUUUUCCACGGUGGAGCAGGAGCGCCGUGUGAGCCGCAGAGUAAUCCUGGCCUACAUCGUGGUGUUUCUGGGCUGCUGGGGGCCCUACCACGCCGUCCUCCUGGUCGAUUCCUUGUCUCAGCUGGGUUUGGUGCCUCUGACCUGUGGCCUGGAGAAUGCGAUCUAUGUAGCCUUACACCUCACCCAGUGUCUGUCCUUGCUCCACUGCUGUUUCAAUCCCAUCCUCUACAACUUCAUCAACAGGAACUACCGCUAUGACCUCAUGAAGGCCUUCAUCUUUAAGUAUUCCACGAGGACGGGCUUGGCACGUCUCAUUGAGGCUUCCAACAUGUCUGAGACUGAGUACUCUGCUGUAGCUGUAGACAACCCACCACAGAUUUGAAACUUACAAAACUCAAUUAACAUUAACACUGUUUCUAAAUAUAAGUGGCUAUAAUUCUAUGUACAUUUGCAGCUGAUUUGUUUCUGUCAGAAUCUGCCAGCGUUACGUCUGACAGUAGAAAAAAGACAAUCCAGCAUCCUUUUAACAGGAAUGUGCCUGAGUCAUGUAGAAAAGCUUGACAGAUAACAAAGUGAUAACAAAGUUGAUAGACAUGUUUAAAAGCACUUAGUUUUAUGAUAGAGCUGAUACUGAAAUCAUAUGAAUAUUUUCACUCAUUUUGUAAAACCAAAAACGUGACCAUAAAUGUGUGAAAUCAUUGCCUGUACUGUGUAUUUAGGAAUGUAUUGUGUGUGUUUGCCUGUGUGCAAUGUGCGUAAAGUGACAGGCACUGAAUAUUGAUAGUACCAGCAGAGUAAUAUUGUUAAUCUUUUUGUAUCAAGUUGUAUUUAUAUUCUCUUCAUUUGAACUGUUUUGCCUCUGUAAAUCAAAGUGUUCGCACACUGAUGUCCGCUCAAAGCUCCGCUUCAUGCAGUGCUGCUGCUGUUAAGCGGAGCCACUGACUGACUCAGUGUUUCAGUCCUGCUGCCUCACUAGUAAUCAUAACCUCAUGUCACAUCAGUUGAAUCCUGCAGACAAAUACUGGAAAUCAAUUUGGAGUUCUUUCAUGCAAAUUUGAAUGCUUUGUGAAUUAUUUAAAGUGUGUGUUCUGUGUUUCAUAUUUUUGGGAAUGUGCUUUUUUGCUAAGAGUUAGAUUGAUCAUCUCAGUUUUGCAUGAAGACUGGAAACUCCUCUCCUGGUUCUGUGUGAAGGCCAAACAAAAUCCUCCUGCCAGCACCUCCAAAGCCCAACUCAUUCACAGAAUUUAUCUUGUGAUUUUAAUCUGUGCAAAAACCAAGGUAUAAAAACAAAUGGAUGUGGUUUUACGCGCUGGAUGCCCUCCAGUCUUGCUUCAGCUUCAUAUUUAGCGUAAAAAUACCACCUAACUCUUGGCAAAAAGGCAAAUAAGCUUAUUUCCCAAAAUGCCAAACUGUUCCUUUCAAGAAAGCUGAGGUGCUUACAAUUGGUAAUUACAUCACCCACAUGGCAAAUUAUUAACUACUCCGCUUUCUUUUGGCUCUGAAUACUUCUAAACAUUGUCUGGUGGCUUCAACUAGGACUACUGAUCAUAAAGAGAAGAUAGAUGUAGCUCCUGUGUCUUCUGAAAAGCACAGUAUUAUGUAACUUACUGUGCUGACCCUAUAUGUUACAUCAGUGCUAAUAGUAUAAAGGAUGCACAUGUCCAUGUGGUAUUAAUCCUGCUGUGUCAGCACACAGGCCACAGACGGCUAAACGUUUUAUGACCAAAUGACAUGAAUGAAUUGUUUGACUACUUUCAUGUAGGCAGCAGCUGUGGUGCACAACAACAAAGUGUUUAUUAGGGACCAAAUAACAAAAGACAUCACUGCAUUACUUUAGAGCUGUGUGUGUGUGUGUGUGUGUGUGUGUGUGUGUGUGUGUGUGUGUGUGCACGCGCUUGCCACAGCUUGACUCCAAAAGAUGACGUUUUCUGUGUUACAAGCAUUGACUUACACAGUUUACUCACUGUCUGCUGGAGGAAACAACACAUUGUUUUUGUAUGCUGACAUAAAGCAUAUUGUGUCAUGUGAUUGGUUACACAUGUAUGCUUUUACACUGAAAAGAUUUCAUGUUGCAGUUAGAAGAGACUGGAGACACGCACAUGUGUCUACAAGAACAGAGGCAUUCCUUUGAGACUGUAAUGUGUAACAUUUGUUUUGUUAUAUAUUAAAUACAGAGAAAAUG